AUGGGGACAGCUGGGGGCUUCCCGGCUGAGCCAAACCACAACCAUCAAGGGCGCCUGCACGUCCCAGACGGCGGGAAGCGUUACAUCACCGAGAGGCUGACGGGCGCCGCCAACGGCACCGGGGAGCCCCGACAGGACGGGGCCUCCACCACCCACCACGGGGACCCAGCCCUUCACUCAGGAGAACCGAAAGCCGGAGCCGGGCGGGAUCUUAUCGUUUCUGAGUGUCUCUGGAAGGGCCCCUCCACCACCCUCACACCGCCGUCUCCGCCCGCAGGAAACCUCACGGCUGCAGGAAACCUCACAGUCUGUGAGCCUAACCGCUGCCACGUGUCCUUCGAGGAGAGCCGCGUGCUCGCCGUGGCCGUGUACAUCGCCGUGUGCGCGCUGGGGCUGCCCGCCAACUGCCUGACGGCCGGGCUGGCGCUGCGGGAGGCGUGGCGGGGCAGCGUGCUGGCCGUGUACCUGUGCGGCCUGGCGCUCUGCGAGCUGCUGUACGCGGCCACCCUGCCGCUGUGGGCGCUGUACGUGAGCAAGGGCCACUGCUGGGUCCUGGGCCCCAGGGCCUGCCAGGUCACCGCCUUCGUCUUCUUCUGCAACCUGUACCUGAGCAUCCUGCUGCUCUGCGCCGUGUCCUGCGACCGCUGGGUGGCCGUGGCCUACGCGCUGGAGAGCCGCGGCCGCCGCCGUCGCCGCACCGCCGGCCUGCUCACGGCCGCCGCCUUCCUGCUGGUGGGGCUGGUCCACUACCCCGUGUUCGAGACGGACGUGAGGGGCACCUGCUUCGAGACGCUGCCCGUGGACGCCCGGGCGGCCCGCUACUACUACGCGCGCUUCGCCCUGGGCUUCGCCCUGCCGCUGGGCGUCAUCGCCGGCGCCAACCACCGCGUCUCCCGGGCCGUGGGGCGCAGCGCGGGCCUGAGCGCCGCCCGGAAGGUGCGGGCGCGGCGCACGGCGCUGGCGGUGGUGGCCAUCUUCCUGGCCUGCUUCGCCCCCUACCACCUGGUGCUGCUGCUCAGGGCCGCCGCCUUCUCCUACUACGGCGGCGACGAGGGCGCCCUGUGCCGCCUGGAGGCCCGCGUGGGCACCGCCUCCGUGGCCUUCCUGUGCCUCACCACGGUGAGCAGCGUGGCCGACCCCGUGCUCUACAUGCUGGCCACGGCCCGCUCCCGGCAGCAACUGUCCUGGAUCCGCAGGGAGUGGACGGCGUGGUCCGCGGGGAGGGAGGCCACGAGGCUCACGCGCCUGAAGGACUCGGAGGCGAGGCCGUCGCCCGUGUCGCUGGCGGGCAGCUGCCUGCUCCCCAGCCCCGCGCCGCCCCGGGGGACACGGCCGGGCGCCCUGCAGAGGCUGCGGGAGGAGUCCUGCUGAGCCCGGGGGCCCCGUCCCCAGAGCCCGCCCACCGUGUCCGUGGCGCUGCCGUGACACCUGGAAGCCGUGCCACCGAUUCCUUGUUCCUGGAGCCACAUGUUCCACACGCCUCUUCCCCUCGGGGCCCAGGAGCCAGGCAGCCCGGCAGCCACAGCUCGCCUGGCGGUUAGCUGGCACGUUCUGGCACCGUGGAGGUGCCGAGUCAGCAUCCAGGGGAGACUUA